AUGAUCUUAAAAAAGCUAAUUUUUCUAAUUUUAAAUUUAAUAGGUAUGGUCUCAAUUAAUCUUGUCAUUAUCAAACUAAAAAACGCAUACCUUCGGGAUUUUUUUGAUGCACUUAAAACUCUCGUGCAAAAAGCAUUUAAAGUUGUAUAUUAUCUUUUAAAAAAAACAUCCUAUGAAAGCUUCGUACAAAAUUUAAGUAUUUAUAUAAACAUUAUUGAUCGUAUUAGGCCAUAA